ACAGCAGCCCGUCCACGCCGGACCCAACCGGCCCGGCUUAGUAGUUGAAUCUAUCUCCAAACAUCCACGCAUGUCCCCAAUUCCGCUCCGCCGACGCUCUAACUUCUCGACUAAAUCCCCAAUUCCAAAACCCCUAAAUUCAAAAAUUUCAACCCCCACAAUUUUUUUUCGAAUUUUCACCUGCACUUCCUUCGCUGGAUUCAAGUUUUCGCAAUCGGAGUUCACACGUCGACCGAUUUUCCCUCGGCUACAUUCGAAUUUUUCUGUUAAUUUGUUCGAAAAGGAAGACUCGGGACCCCCCACAAUUUUUUUUCGAAUUUUCACCUGCACUUUCCUCGCUGGAUUCAAGUUUUCGCAAUCGGAGUUCGCACGUUGACCGAUUUUCCCUCGGCUACAUUCGAAUUUUCCGGUUGAUUUGUUCGAGACGGAAUACUCGGGAGCUGCUGUUUUUCAACGUUUGUAUCGGUGUAUGAAAUUUUAACGUUCAGAGAAAACUGAUAUCUCACUUUUCCGGAUGUGGACAUCUAUAUUGGAUCUGUUCGGUUCGAUUUUUCACCGGUAAUUUUAUCGGGUUCUCGGCCCGUGAAUAUUUUUUCUAUUUUGAUUUAUUUUUCACGUGUUAAUGCAAACCUGAGACCAACAUCGUAGGCUCUCGUAUAUUGCGACGCGCGGUUAUGCUUCGGGUUUCAGACCUUUGAAAUUCGAUAUUUCGUGAUGGUUUUUCUUCUGAAGAGUUUACCAACCCUGACAGUGGUAUCAGUGGACAGUUUGGUGAGAACGAGCUUGUGAAAGAUCCAAGGAUCGAGAUUUUAAAAAUGGCCCGACAGUCUCGCCGGCCUUGUGGUGGUUUUUUCGAAAUAUCGGAACACGUCCUCUGCCUCUGGAAGUUAGUCGAACUUUCCACGCGGCCGCCGGGCGGCGAUUCGUGAAAUGUGAAAUCUCCUGGUGCGGAAUCCGAUACAGUGCCGAUCUUACUCGAGCAGUUCGAGAUUCGAUCUAUCGAUUUAUCGAGUGUGCGGAAAUGUGAAUGCGCGCGGGAGAGGAUAAGAAACACGGGUGCAAUUUUUGAAAGUUCAAGUUUUUGGGUCCGAUGCGGCGAUGGAUGUGUUUUGCGGGGUGCGGAAAAGUUGCCUGAAGGGAUAGCAUGAUGUGGGGCGGGGGGCGGAUAGAGUCAUGGUAAAGGGGAGGUUGGUGGUUGUGCUUCUUCUUCUCACUCUCCUCGCCACCGAUUGGCUAGUGCUCUCUGCGCCGAUUAGUAGUUUCGGGGGUUUGUCGCACCUCACCGGAACAGCACGCAAGAUUAGACUCUACGUCAAGAACAAAUUUCUCCAGAUCCUGCCCGACGCCACCGUCAACGGCACGACCGAGGAAACUCAAUACAGCAUCCUUCAGCGAUCCUCGGUGAGCGUGGGCCAAGUGAAGAUUCAAGGAGUAGCCACCUGCAUGUUCCUCUGCAUGGACGCAGCGGGGACUCUCUACGCAACGAAAGAAUUCAGCGAGAGCUGUGUGUUCAACGAGAUGCUGGAGCAGCACCACUACAUGACGUACUCGUCGACGAAGCACUCGAACGAGAAGAGGACGCUCUACCUGGCCCUGAACAAGUUCGGGGCUCCGCGGAAAACGCAGCUCAAAACGGGCACGCCGCUGGGAAAGCUGUCCUCGUAUACGCAGACCCUCACGCAGCCGGUCGCCGCGGAGGAGGUCGAACAACUCAUCCGCAACAUGAUCAGGGCCUCGCCCGAUCAUCACGGACUCCGCCACCAUCAGCUCUGCCCACCCAGCUCAGUACAGCAACAACUCCAACAGGUGUCAAGGUCGCAACUGGAGCAACCCUCCUCACCGCCGACGCCCCCGGAGAGCGAGAGUAGGAACAAGAAAAAGAAGAAGAAGAAACGGAAACGACGGAAAUGCAAGGAGGGCGAACAGGAGGAGGAAGACGGGUGUACAAAUAGGUUAGAGGAGCGGAAGAAGUGUGACGAGAGGGACGAGAAGUGCGUCGAGAAGGCGAAGACGAAGAAGCAGAAGACGGAGGAGCUGAACGUGAGGAGGAAAUCGCUGCUGGAGCACUUGCACACGGUGCCGAUGCCGAGUCACCGACGACCGAGCGAACCGCCCGUGCCGACCACCGAACAAGACCCGGAGGACGCGCCCACCACCGGCGUCUCGGGGAUCGAACCCGAGACCCCGGCCACGAGAGACGAAUGACCGGACGCGACAGCGUUAUGCUACCCCGUCCUCUCGGCUCGCAAAUCCAGGCUUACGACUCCAAUGAGUUGGGGGUGGACUUGCGCCGUCUUGGUUUCAGUCAACGAACGCACCACCGCACAGUGGAUCGAGUCACACUGAAAAAAAAGUCUCGGUGUAUUUACUAAGAAAAGGGUAAAAUUACUAAGA